AUGUCGACUAAAACUAAACACGCCUGUUCGUCCUGCAGGAGCAUGAAGCGCAAAUGCGACGGUCAGCAUCCGUGCUCUAAUUGUGUAAAAACAGACCAAGACUGCUUAUACAACAAACCUUCUCGCAAGCGACGCCGUUCGAUCACCGCUCCGGCUGAACAAGCACGCGAUGAUCUCCAGGCGGACCCAGCUGUGCCACGUACAGGGGGACUCGCCGAAAUAAACUCUGGGGCCCUCCUCGCGAAGGGGCUGGGCCUCUCAACCAGCUCUUCCUCUGCUGAAAAACCUCGUCUUUGCUCGUGGAACCUCAGCCUGCGAGACAGUACCAUAGGCUGCUACGCAGAAGCACCGCUCACCCAAGUCUUGAGUAUCCCUCGUAUGCAGCAGCUGGCAGCUGUAUACUUUGCAGAAGUUCAUCCCGUGUACCACUUCCUCGAUCAUGCGAUGGUUGAGCGUGCCAUUCUUUCCAUGUCACCUGAUCAGCCUCUAUUUGACCCUGCCCACCACGUGCUUCUGGGAAUCGCUGCCCUAGCAUGCCUCUUCAGCGAUCAGCCAAAUGAUCUAGAAUCCCGGAUUGUGCAGUAUGCUCGAGCCGCUCUGGAGCAUUCGACUACGCUACAAUUACCGACCGUGGAUCAUAUAGUCGGAUGGUUACUCCGCGUCAUCUACCUACGAUUGACCGGCUCACCAAACGCGACAUGGAUCGCCAGCUGCACGGUGAUGCAUAUGAUUGAAACAGCCAGGCUACAUCUCGAACCAUCAAAUGCCGGUCCUCUUUCGGCUGCGGAUAGUUCCUACAGUCCGCAACUGAGAAAACGAAUCUAUUAUAUCGCGCAACUCUUCAAUACAUGGAUAUCCUACGACUACGGACGGUGUCGUAUAAUACCUCGCGGUGCGUCCUGCUCCCUUCCCGCCGAGGACUGGACAGCAGACAACAUCGCUAUCUGGCGAUUGACAGACUCCCUGGACCCCGAUCGACAUCUUGACUCGACAGAACUAGAGAACCUACUACUCCAAGCUUCCGAACUGACACUCUCCCAUCCGGCCUUGGAACUCAAGCGGUGCAAUAUUGCAUUGUGUAUAUAUCGCAGACUUCGUGUAUCCGGUCGUGUUGUGUCCAGCAAGGCUUUAUCUCAAGUCUUGUAUCUGGCAGAUAUGGGCAUUGACAAAGCAACUGAAAUGGCCAGGAGGCACUCCCCGUGGUGGCAUAUUGUGAAUGUGCCUUUCCAGAUAAUUUGUGUCUUGCUUGCAAUUGAUACUAGAGCUUCACUUGAGCGUAUAGGGAAGACACUCUCUACGUUGCGAUUGAUUGCACGUAUCUAUGGCACGAGUGCCAUCAACGAGACCUUUGUGACCGCCCAUUCCCUUAUACGGAUUCAUAUGAGGCGGAAAAAGGAGGAUUAUGAGUUAUUAAACCGGGUGGAGGAAGAUAUUAGGGCGUGGGAGGGUGACCCCAGUGCACUGCAGCCCAGUCCCCCAACUGCCUUUGUAUCUCAGCCGGUCGAUAUGUCGAAUGAUGUCAUGGGAGAAUCUUGGGAUAUAGAUUAUCUAUUAUCAUCGAGCCUCUUUACUCCUUGGGGAUGA